AUGCCUACGAUGCGCUUUCUCUGCCUUCCCGGUGCCUAUGGCAGCUCGGACAAAUUCCAAGUACAACUUGCCCCCAUCCUGAAGGAGCUUUCUGAGGACGGCACGGCACAGUUCCACUUCAUUCAUGGCCCUUGCAAGGCCGUCCCGCCUCCGGGCUUUGAGGACUACUUCGGCGCCCCGCCUUACUACCGCUUCAUCGAGCCCGACAAGGACGUCGAGAAGACUCACAGCGACGACGUUCUCGCCCGUAUCCGCGACUUCCCCCAAUGCGAGAGCCCGGAAGACACCAUGAGAGAACUCAUGAGGGAGGGUAUCGCAACGACGCAUCGCAGCACCGACAGGGCCAUCAAGUACAUCAGCGAGAUUGUCCAGAAGCGCGGCCCCUUUGACGGCAUCAUCGGGUACUCCGAGGGUGCCACUGUGGCCUCGACGUUCAUGCUCUACGAGCAGCGCCGGCUGAAGCGCUCCGGCCAAAAGCCGGCCUUCAAGUACGGCAUCUUCUUCGCCGGCUGGCCCCCGGUUGACCCCAAGUCUCACGCUCUCGUAUUGUCUGACGAGUCCGACGAGAGGAUCGAGGCCCGGACCCUUCACAUCAUCGGAUCCCUGGAUCCUUACGUGGACGGCUCCAUGGCUCUGUACAACAUGUGCGACCCUGACACCGCCUACCUGUUCGACCACGCCAAGGGUCACACCCUUCCCCGUGACAAGGACACGAUCAAGGAGCUCGGCGACAUUGUCCGCGAGACGAAGGCUGACAUGAUCGAGGAGGGUCUGUUGCAAUAA